ACAAUGGGCGCCACUGCCAGUUUACAAAACAAAGAAACCAAAUGUAAUCAUACAGAAAAGGUAUUCUCUAUAGACUCUUGCAGAGAAAACAAUGGGCGUCUCACUGGCGAUUCACUGGACUAAUUAGUAUUGUGCAAGAGACUACUAGAGAAAGUGAGAGCUCUUUAAGGAAAAGUUCGUUCUCUCAUUUUGCACAUCUUACUUGAGGGUUUAGAGAAAAUCUAGCAACCAUGGUGGAUUAUUUGCCUGAAGAUUUGAUAAUCAAAAUUUUGUUAAGGUUACCUAUGCUAUAUCUCGUGCGUUUCAGGUGCGUUUGCAAAUCUUGGUGUGCUCUUCUUUCUGAUCCAAAAUUUAUUUAUAAGAAACUUCUUUGUAACGGUGAACAUCAGAAUUACGAUAAUUCUCCUCACCCUGUUGUUGUUAAACGUCGGGAUAUGAGCACCAGGAAUUAUUUUUUCUCUGUAUUGUCUUGUGAGACAUUUGAAAUGUCUGCUCCUAAGGAGAUACCAUAUCCUAAAGAUAUUAUGGAGAACAUGUCAGAUAUAUCAAUUGUAGGUUCUUCUUCUAAUGGCUUCAUUUGUCUUCGUGAUUUAUAUGACCCUGAUAUUGUUUUAAGCAGAUGGAGGUACUCUUAUGAAACUGAUUGUAAUGUGAUUCUAUGGAACCCUUUAACUUCCGAGAUUAAGAUUAUUCCACAAUCUAAUGCUUCGCGUCCUCCAAAUACUGUUCAUUCUAGCUUGCAGCUAGUUGAAUUUGGAUUUGACAGAAAAACUAAUGACUACAAGAUACUCAAGAUGUUUUUGGUCUAUCCCAAUGAUCUACAAGGUGAUUACUUUGUUGAAAUAUAUAGUUUAAGGAAUGAAUCAUGGAGGACAGUUGAUGUUGUUGUGCCUUUUAUGCUGUCUUGUUUUGAUGAUAGAUGUCAUUAUACGGGUGCAAAUGGUCAAUUCCAUUGGUGGACUAAGGGUGGAGGUGAUCAACAUAAAAUUGUUUCUUUUGACUUGAGCGAUGAAAUAUUCAAAACAUCACCUCUACCAGAUGCUAUCAGUACUUGCUUUAGAUUCUGGACGUUUUUCUGUUUGAGUGAAUAUGUGACUAUGCUCCUCUCCUCUGAUUGUUCAUUCGGUGUAGAGUUCAUUGAUAUAUGGAUAAUGUAUGAAUAUGGUGUGAAAGAAUCAUGGACUAAACUGUUCACUAUAUCAUCCCUUCCAUGUGUGGAGAAACCAUUAGGGUUUUGGAGAAAUGGAGAGGUGUUUAUGGCCACUUGGAGUGGUCAACUACUCUUAUGGAACCCUGCUACAGAAACAAUUACCGAGUUUCAGAUUGACGGUCUGCCAGAAUCCUUGCAAAUUGUCACUUUGAAUGGAGGGCCCAGUUGCAUUGAAGCUUAGAAACAAAAUAUGAGUAGAGGCAAAGCUGAGAUGCAACUGGUGCAUUAUUAGAGAUUACUGUACUGAAUUUUCUUUACUUAAUUCCGUCAAUGCUCUUAAUUCAGAGAUGUAAUUUUAUAACUUUUUGUGGGCAGUGAUUUUAUGGAUCGUCAUAUCAUCACGCAUGCUUGUUAUUUAUAUUAAUUGUGAAUGUCAGAAUGAUUGUGAAGCUCAA